GACUACAACAAACCGUUCUGCGCGGUACUUCCGUAAAUACACGCAUCAGGUUGUAUGGAUCCAUCUAGAACAGCAACCAUCUGAAUACUCUUGUUCAUAUGUGCCAAAUUUUAACUGAAUGAAAAUAAAGUUUAGGAGCGCGUUCGUUCAUAUAACAGACUUUUUGAUUAAAGCAAAGGAUGUCCAAGGAAUCCAAUGAGUCCUCUAAAGAGGACCUGGACAAGGAUGGAAUGGAGAAUUCUGCACAACCAUCAGAAGAGAUGAUCCGGAAGAGAAUGAGAAGAAAUACUCCCAGUCCUCAUAGACUCACACCACAGUCCAGUCCACCCAAACAUGUCUCAGUGGAGGAACUUAUGGAGACAGCCAAAGGAGUCACCAACAUGGCACUGGCCCAUGAAAUAGUGACAAACAGCUCUUUUGAAGUGAAGCCUUUUGAGCCUGAAGAAGGAAGUUUGGAGAAGUGGGUCAAAGACAUAAUGCACAAAGCAUUCUGGGAUUGCCUUGAGGCACAGCUGAAUGAGAAUCCACCAUCAUACAGUCACGCUAUCAGACUGGUUGGGGAAAUUAAAGAGACCCUUCUGUCUUGUCUCUUGCCAAGCCAUAGUCGACUGAGAGGUCAAAUUGAGGAAGUUCUGGACCUCUCAUUGAUCCAGCAAGAGGCUGAAAACGGUGCUCUAGACAUUAGUAAAGUGGCCCAGUUUAUAAUCGACAUGAUGGCCACCUUUUGCGCACCCUGUCGUGACGAGGAGGUCAAACGGCUUCGCGAAAUCACUGACGUAGUCCCCCUUUUUAAGUCUAUAUUUGCAGUGCUGGACAAGAUGAAGAUUGACAUGGCCAACUUUACUGUCAGCAGUUUGCGACCUCACCUUUUGCAGCAAUCAGUAGAAUAUGAGAGAAAGAAAUUUCAAGAGUUCCUAGAAAAACAACCCAAUGCUUUGGAUUUCACAAAGAAAUGGCUUCAAAGCACAGCAGAUUAUGUAACUAGUGGACAGGUGGAGGGUGGGGCAACAAGCACACCUAAUUCUGCCCAACUCCCUCUCACUGUGCACAAUCACGCCUAUCUACGUCUUUUGAAAUGGGACUAUGAUGCAGAGUCAUUUCCUGAGACGGUUCUCAUGGAUCAGUGCCGAUUUCAGGAGAUGCAACUGGAACUUGAGCAGCUGGCACUGGUGGCAUCGGUACUCCUCAUAGUGUAUAACAGUGCUGGGGAGGCCAUUUCUGGACUUCCAGGCCUCAUGGAUCAAUUAAAGAAAACCAUUAAGAUACUAGUAGCAGAAAUGCACACGCCGUCCUUCAAAGAUGAUGAAGCCUUUGCCACCAUUGGAGAAAAGAUGUGUUUGGAGCUCAGAGAAUGCCUGUCUCAACAUGGCUUUUCGCCAUUUUCUACAGACCGAGAGAGCACUUUGAAAGGCCAAAUUAUAGCUGCUAAGUCUGCAGACAACCCCAUCCGUAAGGUCAUUGACUCCCGGAUCCAGACUUACCUUUUGGGGUUCCUGGAGUCAAGUAUUAACAAGAGUGCCCCAGUCCUCCCUGGAGGUCUGGGACCCAUCAGCAAAGAAUUAGAAGAGAUUGGUGUUAAGCUACGACGGUUGGUAACCUUCAACAAGCUUGUUUAUUCUCCAUUCUACCAAAAGAUCCUCCAAGAAGUUCUGGCACAAGGGGAAAGCGCAGAUGUUUAAAUGCCACACCUGAAAUAUGGUUUUCACGUUCUAUCUACUGUAGCUAAAUGCACGUAAUAGUGUUAAGGAAAUAGUUCAUUAACCCUUCAAAGCUCACAUGCUAGCACCUUUAACAAAGGGUUUAUGUCACAGACUCCUCUCAUUGUGUUAUACAGUAUCAGGGAAUAUUAAUGAAUGUAUUAAGACAUGAGAUUUGCCUAAAUGUUAAAAUCUGCUUGUUAAGUUGUUGCGUUGAACUGCUUCCGAGUCCAACCACUCUCAAAUGACAGGAAAAAACACGCUUAUAUACACUCAUAUCAGAAUGCAAAACUACCAGAAAACUCAAGUGUGUCCAUAACGAAUCCGAGAUGACCAGACAUAUAGACUCAUGACCAUGAAUUUUUAAUAUAUUCAUAUAUUGUUACAUAUUAAAGGGAUAAUUCACCCAAAAAUGAAUAUUCUGUUAUCAUUUUCUCACUCUCAUGUUGUUCCAAACCUGUAUAAAUGUCUUUGUUCUGAUGAACAGGAAGAAAGAUAUUUCGAGAAAUGUUUGUUAUUAAACCAAUCAUAAGCCCAAUUCACUCCCAAAGUAGAAAAAAAGAAUACUAUGAAAGUCAAGGGGGGUCAUGAACGGUUUGGUUACAAACAUUCCCUAAAAUAUCUUCCUUCCUGUUCAUCAGAACAAAGAAAUUUUUUGAGGUUUGUAACAACAUGAGAUUGAGUAAAUAAUGACAGAAUUUUCAUUUUUGGGUGAACUGUCCCGUUAACAAGCUGAUAUGGCAAGGACUGCUGAUAGCUAGAACAGUAUAUUGAAUUAUAAAAGAGGUGAACCUAGCAAAUACUGUUAUUGUGUGCGAUUAAAUAUUUAAAUGGUUUAUUGAGUUUUACUUAAGAUUUACAUUCAACGUUUUUUAGUACUUUUAGACAUUUCUGCCAUGUCUUAACCCUUGUAUUGAGGUUUCUGGCCCAUUUUGUUGAACUUUGCUUUGAUGUGAGGGAAAAGAUUGGUGCCUUAGUUUGUGCAAUGCCACUUAAAAUAUGUGCACAUUGUUAAUUUUCCUAUUUAAGAAUUUGUUUUUAACCAUCUAAUUAUUCUCAUGUUGAACACUAAGCAUGGUCUUUUUAAAGGAUUCGUGAUGUUUUUGUCAAUGCUGAGCAUGUUUUACAACAGACACAUUUGUUUUAAAGCACUUCACAAAUGCACUUCUCUUUGUUUUUAACUAAUGAUUUGUAUCUUAUUGAUGCAGUAUCACUAAUGGUUAUUUUAGGGAAUGCUAUACUAAUAAAAAACAACUACUUGUGUGAAGAAAACAUUAUUUAUUCUAUUUGACUGGUUUAAUUGUUACGUAAUUCGCUUGCCACAAACUUUUGAUUAUAAUGUUAAAUGUGUAUAUAUCAGAAGCAUCCACAUGAUCAUAAUAUUAUUUAUAGGCAUCUGCAUCAUUGAAGAAUCAUGAAUGAUUUACUUUCCAUGUUUAUUGCAAAGGUAUUGUCUGCUACUUGUAUAAUAACCAUUGCAGCUUUUAAAUAAACAAACUGCUUGUAAGUUUACACCACAAAAA